CGAGUGGGCGGUUGUCAAUCUGGUAUUGCUUCUCUGUGUGUCUCCAACGCUUUCCUCUAUUCGUCACACUGCACCAUCCACCCCCGACGAAGUCGAGUGACCAUAGGGGGGCACACAGCGACGCAGGGGAACUGAAAUGUAAACGCGCAACAAUUGAUCAUAACCAUCCGACUUGUCAGCCUCUCAUCUCUAGUGGAGUCGCGGUGAGACAGCGGACACUUAUGUCUCACUUAUAUAGCUGCUGUGGACCAUAUUGAGCUGAAAUUGAUUCACGCCAGAGGGUCAAUAAUGUUAUAAGAUAAACACCGGAAAGCUUCCACUCACGUGUUUGUAUAGUUUCUAUGAAAACUGUAGAUUUUUGUAUUUUUAUACCCGUGUUUUUGUGCGUUCUUCGUGUUUGUUCAGCAACUCUCCUUUCUAAGCACACAUCAUCACAAUACGCGAAUUGCGUGCUCAGUUGUGUGAUAAAGAAAUUACAUUAUAGGAAUAAUUCACUCAGAGGAUAAGAGGUGUAACGUUACGUCGUUUAGCUCAGUCACUCCUCACCGGCGCCCGUUCGUCCCAGUCUGCUUCGGGUCUCUCCGCCAUCGGGAGUUUCCCUACCUCGGUUUGGUCCGAUCGUUGUUCUUCCCAGUGAACUGCAGAAGAGCGAGCUCGCGCUACCCGGUAAAAGAUUAUGUCGGUGUUGAUCCCGGAUGACCGGGCAUUCAGCAGCUUCAAGGAGGAGUGCGGUUGUGAGGAGGGCUGGAGUCUGACCUACAAUAAGACGGACAUGACAGUGUGGACUCAGACUAUAGCAGGAGACGAGGAGAAGUCACUCCACAAGAUUAAGUGUCGGAUGGUGUGUAAGAACGUGCCAGCUGAGACCAUGUACGAUGUUCUCCAUGACAUCGAGUACCGGAGGAAAUGGGACGCGAACGUCAUCGAAACCUUCGACAUCGGAAAACUCACUGUUAACGCAGACGUGGGCUACUACUCCUGGAAGUGUCCCAAGCCGCUGAGGAACCGUGACGUCAUCACGCUGCGCUCUUGGCUGCCCACGGGCAGUGAUUACAUCAUCAUGAACUACUCUGUCAAACAUGCUAAAUACCCCCCAAAGAAGGACAUGGUACGAGCUGUGUCCAUCCAGACUGGCUACCUGAUCCAGAGCCACGGACCGAACCACUGCACUCUUACCUACCUGGCACACGUGGACCCAAAAGGUUCACUACCCAAGUGGGUUGUAAACAAGUCUUCCCACUUUCUGGCUCCCAAAGCGAUGAAGAAGAUCAGUAAGGCGUGUCUGAAGUACGGAGAGUGGAAGCAGAGACACAACCCGGGAUUCAAGCCCUGGCUCUACCCUGAGCAGACUACACUACCCACAAUCCCAUUGUCAGAGCUUAGCAUCCAGCACGCAGACAGCCUGGAGAACAUUGACGAGAGUACACUCAGCGAGAUGCAGACACGGGAGGAGAGAGAUAGCGACUAACACCACACACACACACACCUCAGUGAGAUCGGAGAGAGAUGGUGACUAACACCACACACACCUCAGUGAGAUUGGAGAGGACAGAGACAGUG